AUGUUGCGGUGCUUGUUCUUCUCCUUCGCCGCACUCUCCGGCGCAUAUUUCAUUCCCGAGAUAGUAUUCCAGAACGGCGGUGUAAACGGAGGCGUCGCGAGUGAAAACGCAGAAUGCAGCCGCAUCGGCCGCAAUGUUCUGCUCAACGGUGGCAACGCAGUCGACUCAUUAGUGGCCACCACCUUCUGCAUCGGCGUUGUUGCGCCGCAUCACUCAGGGAUUGGCGGCGGCGGUUUCGCUGUCGUGCGGGAUGAGAACGGCGAGUAUGAGGUGAUCGACUUCCGGGAAGCGGCUCCGGCUGCGGCUUCUGAGAACAUGUACGAUGGGAAUGUGGAGGGCAGCGUUACUUCCGGUUUGUCUGUGGCGAUACCUGGAGAGGUUCGCGGACUGGAGUAUAUGCACAAGAAGUAUGGAAAACUACCGUGGGAACAUCUUGUAGAACCCGCUUCCGAGGUUGCGAGAUAUGGCUUCAAAGUGGGCCAUGAUACUAUCCGCUAUAUGAAUGCCGUGAUCACGAAAAAUAGAAAUAUAUUCCUCGAAGACCCGGCGUGGGCGGAACAUUUUGCCCCUAAUGGCAAACUCGUUGAAGUUGGCGACAUAAUGUACAGGAAGAACUAUGCCGACACCCUCGAUAAGAUCGGAAAGCAUGGAGCGGAUGCCUUUUACAAGGGCGAGAUUGCGGAGUCCCUCAUCUCCGUUAUCCAGAAGGAGAACGGAACCAUGACCCUGGACGACCUGGAGUCCUACGAAGUGAUACGGAGAGAGCCGCUGGAGAUUUCAUACCGCGGCUACAAGCUCUACACCUCGGGCGUUCCCAGCAGCGGCGCCAUCCUCAUGAGCAUCCUAAAGACAAUGGAGCAGUACCCCAUCGAAGAUUGGGAGGAUGUUCAUCUCACGACCCAUCGUUUCAACGAAGCUAUGAGGUUUGCCUACGGCUCGCGUCUGGAACUUGGAGAUCCAGACUUUGUUCCCGAAUCGAUCAAGAUUGAGAAGGCGAUGCUGGAUGAGAACGUUGCAAAGUCUAUCCGAGACCGUAUUUUGGACGAUCGGACGCAACCGAUCGAAGUAUAUGACCCGAGGGAGAUUUACACAACGGAGGGUCAGGGUACUUCGCAUAUCGUCACGGCUGAUAAGGACGGCAUGGCGACGUCUGUGACAACCACGAUCAAUCUGCUGUAUGGGUCUUUGAUUAUGGAUCCAGUCACUGGGGUUGUCUUAAAUAACGAAAUGAACGACUUCUCAAUCCCAAAUGUGUCCAACGAAUUCGGCUUCGCGCCCUCGGCAGCAAACUUCAUCCGCCCCGGCAAGCGGCCCCUUUCGUCCAUCACCCCCGUCAUCAUCGAAAUCCCCGCAGACGCUGAGUCUGGCACGCCUUCUACACUUUACGCAACCGUAGGCGCGGCCGGCGGCUCUCGAAUCAUCAGUGCCACGACCCAAGUCAUCUGGCACCUCGUAGAGCACGAUUUCUCCCUCCCCCAGGCCCUCGCCGAGCCGCGUAUUCACGAUCAGCUCAUGCCGAAUCACGUCUUGGUCGAGUACAAAUUCGACAAUACUACGGUCGAAAGUAUGCGUCAGAGAGGACACGAGAUCGUUAGGGUCGCUGAGGGGCUGAGUGCUGUGCAUGCUGUGAGGGUGGAAGGCGGCGUGUUUGAGGCCGAGGCGGAACCUAGGCAGAAGGAUAGCGGUGGGGCCACGGCAUAG